CAAGCUCAACCGAGAAGGAACAGCGCCAAUGGCUUCUCGCUCCAUGGCCUUCACUCUCAGACAGUGGUUUCGAAAUAAUGGGAUUGUCAGUGGCAAUUAUCGUUCACUGUCUAUCGUCAGUGGAGCGAAUAUCUCUAGAUUUCUCUCUUCGCGAGCGUUGGGAACUGAUCUUGUGGAAGAGACUUCAAACUCUUCGGAGGGUGACGACGACCUGAGGAGCAGACUGUUCAGGCUGAGGCUACCAAAGCGAAGCGCCACCAAUGUUCUUCAGAAAUGGGUCAGCGAAGGCAAUCACAUUUCGGGGUCCGAGCUUCGGGAAAUUUCCAGAGAACUCAGAAAAUCUCAACGUUACAAACACGCAUUGGAGAUAUCUGAAUGGAUGGUUACCCAUGAAGAAUACGAGUUAUCAGACUCCGACUAUGCAAUCCGCAUAGACCUUAUGACCAAAGUUUUUGGCAUUGAUGCUGCGGAGCGCUAUUUUGAGGGCCUACCUCUCUCUGCAAAGACAAGCGAAACCUAUACUGCCCUCCUUCAUUCAUAUGCAGGAGCCAAAUUCACUGAAAAGGCUGAGGAGCUUUAUCAAAGGAUAAAAAAUUCAAACCUGUCUUUUAAUGCCCUCAUGUACAAUGAAAUGAUGACUCUAUACAUGUCAGUUGGGCAGGUUGAAAAGGUCCCAUUGGUUGUUGAAGAUCUAAAACAGCAGAAGGUUUUACCAGAUAUCUUCACUUACAAUUUGUGGAUUAGUUCUUGUGCUGCUACUCUUAAUAUUGAUGAAGUUAAAAGGAUACUCCAUGAAAUGAGUCAUGAUGCUGGUUCUAAUGAAAGUUGGAAGAGAUAUGCUGACCUCGCCAAUGUAUACGUUACUGUGGGGCAUCUUGAUAAUGCAAGCUCCAACUCACUUGUCGAACCUGAGAAAAGGAUCACCCAAAGAGAAUGGAUUACCUAUGACUUCCUAAUCAUACAAUAUGCCGGAUUGGGAAGUAAGGAUAAAAUCGAUCAGAUAUGGAAAUCCCUCAGAAUGACUAAACAGAAAAUGCUUAGCAGGAAUUAUAUAUGCAUUCUUUCUUCAUAUCUGAUGCUAGGUCACAUGGAAGAAGCAGCAGAAGUUAUUGAUCAAUGGACGCAAUCUACAGACACAGAUUUUGACGUGCAUGCCUGUGAAAAGCUUAUAGGUGCAUUUACAGACAUGGGGUUGACUGAAAUAGCUGACAACUUCAAUAGAAUUCUCAUCCAGAAGAAGCUCAAUUCGGAAAAUAAUUGACUAAAUUGAUAGUUCUGUUGACAUUAAUAAAUGUGAUCCGAGCGUCAAACAGUUUGUAGAUUUCAGAUUAAUCUUGUGCUGACAUGAAGAAGAGAAUGUAUUUAUAUAUUAUUUUCAUUUGCAGUUCAUUGAUCCAUCUUCAACAUGUAUCCUACGGGUUGGAAUUGGGUGACAGUUUUGCAUUGAUUUGUUGAGAUGUAAGCUUCCAUUGCUCCUCAAUUUUAUGCUGCUGCUGC